AUGUCUCAUUGGAUGAUCUUGCAACCAGACUUCGGGUUACAGUUACAGCGCGACGCCGUUCGUCCUCUUCGCUUCUUUCGUCUUCUUCCUUCUCACGCCCUAGCCACUGAACGCUCCUCCUCACCCACGAUCAUCAGACGCUACCUCCCACCUCCUUCUCUCCAUGGCCAUGCAAGGUGGUUACGAAAAGGUUUAGUGAUGAUAUCUGAAAACCUUUUGACAGUUGCCUCUCUUCUUCUCUAUUUGCCUCGUUUCUGUAUGCUUGUAUGCUUUGAGUUUCCCUGUUUCUGGUGUAUGGCUGGAUGUUUGGUUUGUAUGGCCUUUUGGCUUGAUGCAGAUUUAGGUUUCAGGUUAAGGCUUGAGCAGUUUGAUGGCUUCUGGUUUGAAUAUUGUUUGGAUAGCCUGUUUGGGUUUGAAGCAGGGCUUGAAAGGCUUAUGCAUGUUGCAGGUUAUGGUGUUUUGGUUAAGGGCAGUAACAGGUUUAAGCUUCAAGGUUUGGCUUUGUUAUGCUUCUUGUUUGGAGGCUGGACAUGUUAUGUGUUUUUCUUUGUGUUGGAGGCAGAACUGUGUUUCAAAUGUUACGGUUUAUAG